CUUCCCUCCUCCCCCACCAACGCCGGCGUCACCUCUCCCGUCUCCCCCCGACGGACUCGUCUCAUCUGCUCUCCGGCGAACCCUCGCCUGCGGAGGCAGGGCUAGGCCUUCCUGCUCGCCAUGACGGAGUACUGGGUGAGCCAAGGAAACAAAUGGUGUGACUUCUGUAAGAUUUACAUAGCUAAUAACCCACUAAGCAUCAGAACACAUGAAAUCGGUAAGCGCCACAAGGACAAUGUAACUAAAAGAUUGGCAACCAUGCAAAAGGAGGGUGCUGCCAAGGAAAAGGAGCAGCAGCAAGCAGCUCGUGCCCUCCAGCAGAUAGAAGCUAAAGCUAAAAAGAGCUACCAAAAAGAUUUAGAGAACAGUCAAAGAAACGUGGAUGGUGACACUUCUGAGGCACCUGGAGAUGGAUGGGAAUUCGACUCUACUUCAGGAUACUAUUAUGACAAAUCUACUGGGCUCUACUAUGAUUCAAAUUCUGGUUUCUACUAUUCUGAUGGUUUAGGUAAAUGGGUGGCUCAGGAAGAGGCAUACGAAUGGACAAAAACUUCGCAAGCUAACGCUGGGCAAUCCUCAAGUUCACAAGCAAAACCACCUGCUGCAGUUACGACUGCCCCCACAAUUAAAGGGGGGCAGGCUCCAGGUUUGGUCGUUAAGAAACAACUAAACCCGAUGAGAACUGUAAAGGGUGCCCCAUCUGCUAUUGCUGUUAACAAGAGAAAACGAGAGGACGGCAAGCCCAAAGUGAUCUCAAAGGAGGAGGAAGCAGCCAUUAAAGCGCGUGAAGCAGCGAGAAAAAGAAUGGAGGACAGGGAGAAGCCUCUGAUGGGAUUAUACAGAUCGUACUAAGGUACCAAUGUUCCCCAUACUGAUAUGCUUGCCGUAGGGGCCUCCCCUGUUAGUAGAAAUGCUAAUGGAUGGAUUGUUCUGUGAAAGAAUUGCGAGAUUAUUAGCGUUGGGUUAAGAACGUCUUUCGCAUCUGGGAAGCCUGCCUGUAGUGUAUUAUGUACAACACCUCUGGUGCCGGCAAUUCCCUGAAUUGGGCCAAUCCCCUUACCUGUAAAACAUGUAAAGUACUACAUUCAUUAGCAUUUCUUUUGCUCUUUCUCCCAACGGAUAUGCUGUGUAGUAUGCUCAGAAAUGAAGUCCUAGUGAUAAACUGUACCAUGUCUCCUAUUAAUCUUAUUACUGAAGCCUCGAAAGCUCUAAUCACCAGUAAUUAAGAUGAUCCCGAACAGCAAUUACCUCAGGUAUUU